CUCGCGUGUCUUUCUUUGGCGAUGGAUCUUCGCUUCGGAAUAUUUGUUGUAAUCUUUCUAAUUGUAGCCUUCAUCUGGCAGCCCACUGAUGGCAAAAAUUCAGGUAAUCGUGGUUCUUCAAAGAAGAAGAAAAAUUCAACCAAGAUUCAACUUAGUGAAGGCAUUGCAACCAAUCCUUUCCUUCAACAAUCAAUAACUCUUCCCAAUGUUGAAACCAAUCCUUUUCUUUGGUUUUAUGGCAACAAAAGUGUAGAGCCAAAUAUAUUUCUGCCACAAGAAAGUAAUUUUUCCAGCAGUGCAAUCUGGAUUAACAAUAACAAUCCCUUCUUGAACUUUGGGACCAAUACAAGGGUUGAUAUAGGAUCUUCUGUUACAUCAGAAUCAGUUACACAAACACUUUACAAGCCACUGCCAGUAAUUAAUACACCAUCAAUAUCUUAUACACCAGCACCUGUUAAUAACUCUUUUACAACACCUCAUACACAUAAUCCUCCUAUUAAAAUUGAACCUCCAUCCUCAGGCACACCAUCAUUGCCGAAUAUACCUACCAAGAUUGGCCCAACAAAGACAAAAUCAGAACUUAAAUGCGACGAAUACGUGAGAGAACUCGUAGGCACAACUGAGAUAACGUCGUUGGUCGGCACAUCACCCGACGUAAUCAAGGUGGAUAAUGUUUGUCGGGAUGCGAAUCGCCUGGUCGUCGGCGGUACUGAGGCCAGGCCUGGUGAGUUCCCGCAUAUGGUCGCUUUGGGUAGACGCAACUCCGACGAGACGUUCACUCUGAUAUGUGGCGCGACGCUGAUUUCACAUACUUGGGUACUUUCUGCUGCGCAUUGCACUUAUGGGCCAAAUGGCAGUCCGACUGACGCACGAAUAGGUUUUCACAGAUUAACAGACCAGCAACCUGGUGUUACGAUUGCCAUUAAGAACAUGAUACGACAUCCGGAUUACAAUCCACCCGCAAUGUAUGCGGACAUAGCUCUAGUGCAACUCAUGAAUGCCGUUACAUUUAGCACAUCGAUACGACCUGCGUGUCUUUAUGUACAGUACGAUAACGCACCUAUGAAUGCCUGGAUCAGCGGUUGGGGUGUUACCGAAUUCGCUGGAGAGCAGACUGACCGAUUGCAGAAGGCUCAGCUGGAUCUGAUAGACAAUUUAGCGUGCACAAUACGGCACAAUAGUUCCAAAGAAGUUCCGUAUGGCGUUACACCGAGCAUGGUCUGCGCCGGUGAUCCUCGUGGCGGUUGGACUAAGGAUUCUUGUCAGGGCGAUUCCGGAGGUCCUCUACAAAUUAUCCAUCCUAAAAAUUUGUGCUUCUUUCAAGUGAUCGGUAUCACUAGUUUCGGUCAGGGCUGCGCGAUCAUCGACACACCUGGUGUUUACACUAGAGUAUCUCAUUAUAUAUCCUAUAUUGAGAAUAUCGUCUGGCCAUAAUAAUUGUGAUCUAUUAGACUUUUACGCGAAAGAUAUAAAAAAACAUUGUUUAUUAAAUUGUACUUGUUCAAAAAUCAAGUCCCACAAUUAAUCAAUUAAAAUUGACUAGUCAGUCAAAUUAAUCUAAAACUAAGGAAUUUAUAACAUUUACAAUUUUUUCCUUUCUCGACAUUUUAUGACAUAAUAUCCAUUCAUCGUAUAUAAAAAUAAUUUUAAAAUUUCAGAGAAGUCACAUGCAGUCAUUUCAUAUGCUGCUUAUAUUCCAAUUAUUACCUAUCAAGAGAAAAUUAUCGACGGUUGUGAAAGGCUAAUUGUAUAUAUGUUAUAAUUCUAUUAAUAAUAUGUUAUAAUUCUAUUAAUUAUAAUAAUGCAAUAAAAUAGUUUGCAGUUUGGACUAGAAUAUUGGAACGUAUAUAAGAACGGAAAAGUCACGAGAAGGUAUGAAUUGUAAAAUGCGAGACUGAUGAGUUUGACUUUCUGAAUCUCAGAAAUUAAGAGAUCUUGCUAUCAUGAAUGGUUCGCCAUGUGAGCCCAUCACCAUAUGGGCCAUGGCUUGAUGGGAACAGAACAUGCCACCAGCUUCUGCAACAACACAUAAAUGAAAUAUAUUUCAAGAAUAAUAUUCUCUAUGUUUGACAGUGAAAAUAAUAACAUGAAAAUAACAUUCGAUAUAUUUGAUGAAAAAUAUUUGUAUGCUGAAUAAAAUUUGCAACAAAACUAAUUUCCAAUUUCCUUUAUAAAGAUUUUAUUUUAUAUAUAAUUUACUGUUAUGACAUAGAAAUAAAAUUAUUUUACAAAUAUACUCAUUUUGUGUUCACACACAUUUAACACUUCAAUAUAUAUUUUAGUAAAACU